AUGAAGGAUUUUGCUGAGGGUUGCGUGCUUGUCACUUGCAAAGCUGGAAAAGCUUCUUUUAUAACAGCAUUCACCCCAGAUGACCUUGACUUGCAGAUUUUCAAUCAAGAUUUUUACUCAUGUGCGUUUCCGAAGAAUCUCUCAAAGGGUACACAGUCAUCUGUGUUUGCAUUCACAGUUGGCUCAAUGACAGCCUAUACAUGGAGCUUCCAAUAUGGCUCAAAUGUCGAUUCAAUCAUUAUUCUUUCUUCAUUACCAUAUCCACAUUUAUUCCUUAACUUACUCAGCGAGGUCUCUCAGAACUGCCCUGCAAAUGACACAAACUUUGAUGAGGACACAAGGUUUAAUUUGGUUGUGUCGUUUAUAAAUUCUUGGAAAUUACAAGCAGAAGGAAAAGUUCUCUAUUCAUCUAUUGAAGCAAGCGGAUACUUUGGUCUCUCAAACUUUGGCUAUUCUUCAAUAGAUCCUUAUCAUUAUUUUGGCAAAGACACAGAUUACACCAAAAUAUGGAAAUCACUAUUGCUUAACCAAGGAGUUGCAGUUAUCGGAGAUGAUAAGUCUUCCAUUUGCCAAGGAGUCUUUUCUUUGCUUGGAUUAUUCGAACCAUUCAAAUUCAAUGGAGAAUAUCUUAUUACAAAUAAUCCAAAAGAUAGUAGACUCUUUGACACAUCAAAGAAAUACUCUAUUGUAGGCAUUUUGACCAAUAAUUUUAAUGCUUCGAAAUAUAAAAGGAAGUUUGGAAUUUGCCUUCAAAUAGAUACCAAGACCGGACAAGAACUUGAUACCGUCAUCAUUCAUAAAAAGCAGAAACUCCUUUAUGACCUCAUGGAGACUAUUUCAAAUAGGAAUCUUGAAACAGAUCCAUAUCAUGAACUUCUUAGCAGAAGACUUGUUACUGAUGAUAUUGAUACAGUAAUGUGCCCUCAAAUGAAGAAGAAAACACUGACUUUCAGUGAAUUAAGAAUUUUUGAAACAACAAGAUUAGUUUCUGAAUGGAUGAAUGGUCGUACAUAUAGACCGGAGCUCAGAGAAUCAUUCCUUUCCAACACUCCUUCAGAAAUUGUCGAGAAAAUUGAAACAAAAGAUUUACCUUUGGCUCUUUCAGCUGUUAACUCGAUCAAAGCCAUGUUUCCGAAUGAUUCUCACUUCCAGAGCGUAAUGAGAAAACAUAGAAGACUAAUUGAAGAUCGUCUGGGUCAAAUCAAUCGUAGAUCUUCAGACAGCGAAUUGUAA